AUGUCCUCCCACUCUAACCACGCGUGCGCGGCUCCGGGAGUGUGCAGUGCUGCGAUCAGUGGGAAAUACCGGUUAUCAGCUGCCUUUCAGUGUAACCUAUCAGUGCCAGUCAGUGCCACCUAUCAAUGCCAGUCAGUGCCACCUAUCAGUGCUGCCAGUCAGUGCCGCCUAUCAGUGCCAGUCAGUGCCGCCUAUCAGUGGGCAUCAGUGCCGCCUAUCAGUGCCUAUCAGUGCCAGUCAGUGCCACCGAACAGUGCCAGUCAGUGCCGCCUAUAAGUGCCAGUCAGUGCCACCUAUCAGUGCCACCUAUCAGUGUUGCCUAUCAGUGCCAUAUAUGAGUGCUGCCUUUCAGUGCCCAUCAGUGAUGCCUGUCAAUGCCCAUCAGCGCCACCUACUAG